AUGUCCGACUUGAGGGUCUUCAUCUCCGCGGUUAUGGUCUUCAGCAUCUCCAAGAGCUCGGAAUUGGAAGGCUCCGUCAUGGUGGUGGCUGGGUUGGUGGAUGAGGCAGAGGAAGAUGUCGGGGAUGGCAGGUCGGGCGAGGCACCAAUUACUGAAUAUGAGUGUGCAAGGAAUGAAGAAAUAAUGAAAAACAACCGAGAGCUGGAAAGGCUUGGUGUCAAGACAUUAGUGCCCAUAGUGAACAAUACAUUUGUGAAGAGAAAGGGUGAAGACCAUGAAAUUUCUGGAUCAUUAUAUACAGGUCAGGAGAGUAGUCAGGAGAGUGAGGACUGUGAAGAUGAGGAGGUUAUUAGCAAAGUUGCUAAUGUUGCAUAUAUAAAGAAUCCAACAAGGUCUGGGAACACCUCUGUUAGAGGAACAAAAGCAUCUAAGAGAGUGGUGGCACCUCAGAAACAAGAUGUGCCUAACAGAGUCACUAGGCAGAAAACAAGGGAUCUAGCCUUGGCUUCAAGUCCAGACCCACAACAAAGACAAGAGAAAUACAAAGAUGUACAACCUACUGCUAUUGAUCUUUUCAAGGACUUCCACUGCAGGAAGAACAAAGGAUUCAGUGAGCCUAUCAAGAAAGCUAUUGCUGAUAUGGAAGUGAUCAUGGCUGAACCAGUACAAGAUGAAGAGCAACCAAAGUCAGUGAACCAUGCUGUUUCUCAAAUCUCAAGUUGUGAAAUCAACUACGUUUCUUCAAGUUGCAGGAAUUCAACCAAACUCCAACAAUAG